CGUUAAUUAACUCAAUACCCUGAAUGAAAUAUAUUAUGUCCAAAGGACAUCCGUCGAAUUUGCAUAAAACUACAUGAUUGUUAGUCAUUAAGUGAUUACCACAACACCAGUAAUAUGUUUCAAUAUUUUGUUUAAAAUAACUUCCGCAUGUUUCCAUAUGUUUAGUUAUUUCAUUUGUAACUCAGAGCGGCCUGCAGGGCCAUCACGUCUCGCGGGCGGGCUCAUUCGCUGCCCUCCAAUCAGGACACGGCGCAUGAGGGGAGCGAAUUGGCGGGAAGAGCCUUCAUUAUUCCCUCAGGCUGCGGCGGUUUUUACCCAACGUUGCAGUCCUGGGUUUAAUCACGGCCGACGCAGUAAAAUACUGUGCGGGGAAAGAAUUUUCCAAUUACAGGCAUUAAGAUAGUAAGACGUUUUUGGGGUUUAAUUGCUAAGACUGCCAAUUUAGAUAGCAAGUAUUAGAUUCUGCGGGCUGUCCUUUAGUUAUGGAAGACUUUAUAGUAUAUUUAACAUAUUUCAUUACAUAUUACAGGUAGGAACUGGGGCUUGGUAGCGAGUACAGGAAGGAAAGGGCUUUGGGCAUGAGUUCCUCUGAGGAGAAACAUCUUGUGCUCCAUGGACUUGGAGAAUGUUGCAAAAACAGAAUACACAAGGAGAAUUACACAGAAAUCCAGGCCCAUUUCUCCAAGGCUGAAUGGGUGCGGCUUCAGAGAUGGGAAAAAUUGCGCUACAGGAACAUGAAGAGGAACCACCAGGCUAUGUUGGCCAUUGGGCUAAACUCCACUACACCAGCAUUCAUGAGAGGAGGCCGAUCCAGGAGGAUAACGGCAGAGGGGCCAGGCAAUGAUAAACGCAGUGAUUCAGAGGAGGAGUGGACUCCCCACCUUCUGAGAAGGCUUCCGAGCAACACAGAAAGACGAGGUAUGUCAGAGAGCCUGCAUUGUGAGCAGCAUACUGUGAACAUGACUGGCUACAGACGUGGUUGUAAUCUGCGCAACACACCGAAGAUACUCUACACAGAGGGAGAGGAGCUCAGAGAUGAUGAUUACCUCUAUUGUGAGGAUUGUCUGUCCUUCUUUACUGAGCAGUGUGAGGUCCAUGGUCCUCCUGUCUUCAUCUCUGACUCUUCUGCAGUCAUGGGGGUCCCCGGCAGGGCCCUCCUUACCCUACCCCCUGGUUUAGAGGUUCGGUCAUCCAGCAUCCCUGGGGCAGGCCAAGGGGUGUUUAACCAGGGGCAGACUGUACCCAGAGGAGUGCAUUACGGUCCCUAUGAAGGAGAAGUCACGGACAGAGAGCAGGCCAUUGACAGCGGCUACUCCUGGGUGGUUUACAAGGGCAAACAGUGUGAGACAUACAUUGAUGCCAGGAGAGAAUCACACUCCAACUGGAUGAGGUAUGUGAACUGUGCCCGUGAUGAUGAGGAGCAGAACCUGGUAGCCUUCCAGCACAAAGGGAACAUCUUGUAUCGCUGCUGCAAGCCCAUUGCCCCCAGGCAGGAGCUCCUGGUAUGGUAUGGGGAAGAUUAUGCCAAGGAUCUGGGCAUCACCUUUGAUUACUUGUGGAGUAAGAAGUGCUCUUCAGAAGCAAGGAGAGUGGUGGAAUCCUCCCAAGGAUUCCCAUGUUCUCAGUGUCCCUUCUCCUUCACAGCGGAGAUUUUCCUGCAGAGACACGUCAAAAGAUCUCACCCUGAGGAGUAUGUCAGACAACUGAGGGCUGGAUCUGUAAAUGCAUCCCAGCAUUUCUCAACUUCUGCUGGCCGCAGUACUGCUCAGCCCAGUACCAACACACUCGAUACCCUGGAAGGAGCAGGUUCAGACACUCCUACAGCACGACAGGAAUCCAAGACCGAAAAGACACUCAAUAUAAAGAGCAGUCGUAAAAUAUACCAGCGGAUUCACACAGGGGAGAGGCCCUACCAGUGCACUCAAUGUGGGAAGAGCUUCAGUUGGUUAGGAUCCCUAAAGAGACACCAGAGGACUCACACAGGGGAGAGGCCCUACCAGUGCACUCAAUGUGGGAAGAGCUUCAGUCAGUUAGGAGACCUAAAGAAACACCAGAGGACUCACACAGGGGAGAGGCCCUACCAGUGCACUCAAUGUGGGAAGAGCUUCAGUUGGUUAGGAUCCCUAAAGAGACACCAGAGGACUCACACAGGGGAGAGGCCCUACCAGUGCACUCAAUGUGGGAAGAGCUUCAGUCGGUUAGGAUACCUAAAGACACACCAGAGGACCAGAGGACUCAUUGAGUUCAUAGUUCAUCAUCACAGUCAGUCAAAUAAAGGCCUAAACAACAAAAGCAUGAUCAGCAUCGCAAACCCCCGGGAGAUGCAAAAACAUGGGAAAAGGCCUGAGUGCCAGGUAUGGGGGCUCUUUCCUGGACAGAGUCCACAAAGUGGGCACCCUGCAGCAUAACAUCGAUGCACAUAUGGCUGAAGCGCUACGUGAGAGAACGGAGACAUGGAGAGGAGUAUUUUAAGAGCUGCUAAGCCAGAGGCUCCGUGUUGAAGAUGCACUGUAGCACCGUAGCAGCUGGCUCUGCCGAGAUCACGCAGCGCUGACAACCAUACCGCUUCACUGGUGGCUUGGUGUUAAAAUGAAGAGCAGCAUAGUUGACUUCUUCCUCCUGGGGAGAGGCGUCCAGUCCCUGCACCAUGCUUGGGGGAUAUGUGCUUUCCUUGUCAGGACCAUGAACGUGCUCAUCUGCAAUCUUCAGAAAAUAGGACAGACAGGGUCUCCAGUGAAGCCAUCUCAGUAAACUUAAACUUUAGAACUGAGAGGCGUCAUUUAAACCUGUGUUCUCACUGUCCCUGAUGUUACUUUCCUCAGCUGGCUGCCCUUCGUCCUGCAAGACAGCAAGUUAACCCAGUUUGCCAAAAGAAUGCUGCCGUUUUGUCUUUGUUUCAGUUUUUUGUCUUAAACAGAAGAAACAGUAUGUGAUGAUAAAACCCACCUCU